AAACGGGAAAUUUACAAAGAUUAUUUAGAAAAUAAUACUCAUCGUUACUUGUACUGUUUUAAUCAAUAUCACAAUUAUUAAUUACAUAAAAGAUAAGUCGCGCCAGGUCAAAACUUUAAAACAUUUCUGGAUUUGUCAGAUGAAGAUAACUUUGAACCUGAUCUACAUAGCAAAUCAUCAUUAAUUACUGCACGAUUUAGUAAGAAAGUGGUUAUUAUAAAUCGAUAAAAUGUUGAAAAUACUGUUCCACCUAGUCGGCGCUAUUCAAUUUUUUUAUGGUUGCUACUACGACUAUAAUUAUGUGAUCGUUCCACCUUCACCAAAAUCGCCAUCAACAUUUGGUGGAAAAUUCAAAUACCUGACUUAUUUGAAUGCCAUGCUUCAAACCUUAUACUUCACCAUUGCUCUACUUAAUGAUUUGAUUGGCAGUGAAGAUGUUACUCCAUCAGAAAAACCUUUAAUUCGAAGGAUAAAAGAUGCUAUUUUCAGUGCACUCGCAUUCCCCAUAUCAUUAUUUGUUGGUAUAACUUUUUGGGGAAUCUAUGCAGUGGACAGAGAACUGAUUUUGCCCAAAAUGUUGGAUGCAGUAUUUCCUGCUUGGCUGAACCAUGUGAUGCACACUAAUAUCCUUCUAUUCACAUUUGUAGAACUUGCAUCUUCAUUCAGAAUGUACCCUCCGAGAAAACGGGGAUUGUCAAUUCUUACAACUUUUAUGUUGGCUUACGUAGUUUGGGUUCAUGUCAUCUAUUUCAAGUCUGGUACCUGGGUAUAUCCCAUAUUAGCUGUCUUGAGUUGGCCCCUGAGAAUAAUUUUCUAUAUUUUCAGUCUUAUGCUUGUGUUUGGAUUUUAUACACUUGGUGAAACUUUGAACAAGUCCAUUUGGACCAAAGAGGUUGAGAUAACAGUAAAGUCAGAAAAGAAAAAAGCGAAAUAAUUAAUUUCAAUAGUCAUUUAUGUCUCUUACUCAGUAGUAUAAUUAUUUGAAAUACGUAAUUUUCCGCUUUAAAUUUUUGAUGUUUACAAAUUAGAAAUGAAGCAAUAAUUUUCAUAGUAUUGUA